GGAUAUGUUUAAGAACACAACACAAUUUAGAAAUGGUGAGUGGUAGCAUGAGAAACAAAGGUGGGAACAAAGCCUCACUGGCAUUCUUGUUUACUACUAGUGCUCUUCUAGUAGUAGCAGUCUCUUUGUGUUUUCCAUUUUUGGCUAAUGCAUAUAGGCCUAUAAAGUCACCAUUUCCUAAAUCUCCAACACUACCACCACCAAAGAAGCCAACUUAUGUGCCUCCAACACCACCUACCCCGGGAAAGCCGAUAAAGCCAAGACCACCAUAUAAUGAAGACUUCAUGCCAUCCACCAUACUACCUAACCUUGGCAAGAUCAGUCAGUCAGUGGUAAAAAAGAAAUUGCCACCAUCAAAGAAGUCUCCACCACAGAACCAAGAUUCUGUCCCAUCAAUAUUACCUAAUCUUGGAAAGAUCAGCCAACCAGUAGUAAAAAAGAAGUCUCCACCACCAAAGGAGUCUCCACCAAAGAACCAAAUCUCCGAGCUAUUUAUAUUACCCAACCUUGGAAAAAUUAGCCAACCAGUAGCAAAGAAGAAAUCUCAACCACCAAAAACGUUCCAACCACAUAGCCAAGACUCCACGCCAUCCGUAUUACCUAAUCUUGGAAAGAUCAGCCAACCAGUAGUAAAGAAGAAAUCUCCACCAUCAAAAGAGUCUCCACCACAUAGCCAAGUCUCUGCGCCAUCCAUAUUACCUAACCUCGGAAAGAUCAACCAACCAGUAGUAAAGAAGAAAUCUCAACCACCAAAGAACUCCCCACCAGAUAGCCAAGACUCUGCGCCAUAUAUAUUAUCAAACCUUGGAAAGAUCAGCCAACCAGCAGUAAAGAAGAAAUCUCAACCACCAAAAACGUCCCCACCACAUAGCCAAGAUUUUGUGCCAUCAAUAUCACCAAACCUUGGAAAGGUCAGUCCACCGGUAGCACAGAAGAAAACUAAACCACCAAAGAAGUCUCCACCGCUUAGCCAAGACUCUGCGCCAUAUAUAUUACCAAACCUUGGAAAGAUCAGCCAACUAGUAGUAAAGAAGAAAUCUCAACCACCAAAAAUGUCCCCACAACAUAGCCAAGACUCUGUUCCAUCAGUAUCACCAAACCUUGGAAAGGUCAGUCCACCGGUAGUACAGAAGAAAACUAAACCACCAAAGAAGUCUCCACCACUUAACCAAAACACCGUGCCAUCUAUAUCAUCAAACCUUGGAAAGGUCAGUCCACCGGUAGCACAGAAGAAAACUGAACCACCAAAGAAGUCUCCACCGCUUAGCCAAGAUUCUGCGCCAUUUAUAUUACCAAAUCUUGGAAAGGUUAGUCCACCAGUAGUAAAGAAGAAAUCUCAACCACCAAAAACGUCCCCACCACUAAACGAAGAUCCUAUGCCGUCAAUAUCACCAAAUCUUGGAAAGGUUAGUCCACCGGUAGCACAGAAGAAAACUAAACAACCAAAGAAGUCUCCCCCACUUAACCAAGACUCUGCGCCAUAUAUAUCACCGAACCUUGGAAAGAUCAGUCCACCGGUAGUACAUAAAAAAAUUAAACCACCAAAGAAGUCUCCGCCACAUAACCAAAACUUUGUUUCAUCAAUAUUACCUAACCUCGGAAAGGUCAGUCCACCUGUGGUAAAGAAGAAAUCUCAACCACCAAAGAAGAAAUCUCCACCAUUUAACUAAGCAAAAGCUUGGUUAUUCAUUCGAGCAAAUAAAAGCAGAGAAGCCAUGGCACAUAUCUUAUGUGGUUCAUUGAUGAUUUAUUUUCAUUCUGGAAAUGGAAUCAAUACAGAUGAACAUAGUUAAAGGGUUAGAGUGCUAUUACUAUUAGGCCGAUCUCUUAUCUUAUGUAAUAUGUAUGCGUGUAAGAGUGUUUCUUUAAUAAAUGAAUAAAAAAUUUAU